AUGUUGAAAAACGUGUGUCACAAAUGGAAGAACAAUGUGCAACAUGCUUUACACCACAUUUAAGGCCUGAGAUGAAAAUGCAUCUUCCCGCCCAGCAUCUUGGUCUCAUUUUGAAGGGGAAAAGGGAGCCAAGACGCUGACCGGGAUGGAUUUAGGCAAGGUCUAACAUAUGGGCACCGUUAGAGCGCUAGAUAAGGCCACCGCGCGAAAAUUAGGCCGUGAGACCACUCAAGAAUCGGAAGGAGAAUUAAGGCUCAAGAUAUUGCAUUUCUACAAGGAGUUCCUUUGACCUUUUCCUCGCAGUUUAUUCCUUCUUGGGAUCAUUGCGAGAAAAUGGAGGCAAGAUUAAAUGAAACACUUUGAGCUCUAAGAGAACCAGAACCGGAUAGAUUGCACAUUUUAACGGAUGAUACCGAAUUAGAGGAGUGUGCGAUGACCAUUGCGAAAGAUUUGAGGACCGCAGAGGAUGACGCGGAGGUGAAUGCCAUGCUCAGGAAGUCUAUUCAGGUGCUAAGCCACCAGAUGGCAGCAAGGGCAUUGGAAGCGGGAUUGGUUCCUGUCUUAGGUCCGCAAGAAACUUCCGAUGAUGGAAAGAAAAGCUCGCUCCUCACUGUUCCUUAUUUCGAACUUGGCCCUCCAUUUAAGGCGCUCUUACUAUAUAAUUCAUUUGCACAGCACAACAAUUUUCUCUGUGGUCUUAUCACUAUGAGAUUCUGAGGAAUUGAACUUUGAAAAUGAAUCAUUUUAUCGGGCUCUAAUCCAUCAUCUGAGAGACCGCCAUCUGCCGCCAUGCUCCGCAACAGUAGCAAUGUGCACCUUGCUUCGAGUGAAACAGCGAGAAAAAGCAUUGCUGAUGCUACUUCUGAGGUUCACGCGGCAGCCAGGAAGAGCAAGCUGCCAAAUCCGACCGAACUUUCGCAGGCGAAGGCGUCUGUCUUAGUAAAACGUGCCUUGAUCGAGCAUCGCAUGCAUCAGGCAUCGGUACGUCCGUUGGCCCAUAACGCGAAGGUCGCCGAAAUGCGAGGCCGAUUCGGUGGGCCAGAUCCUUUCUUGCUCCGAGAAGAGGAGGAUAAGAUCCGAAGUUCAGCGUUUGUCCAGGAGGCUUUGGAGCAGGAAGCAAAGCUGCAUCGCGAAUUGCACUCCGGAAAGAAGGCUCAGAAAGCGGGACCAUCGUGGAGCGGAGAACCGUUCUCCGUAUCCAUGGAGAAUUUGGUUCGCGAUGUAAAUGAUAUCGAAAUGGAACUGGAAGGAGGAGGUGCUAAUCGUGCUGCACCUAAUGUCGAAAACCCAGCCUCUAGCACUGUGGAAAGCUUGCAAGGACUUCUACUAGGUGAAAACCUCGGCUCGUCGGGGAACGACCAUUUUUAUGGCAAGAUGAACCAAAUAAAGAAAAAGCAUGGAGCUGAGAUGAAAGCAGCCAAAGGAAAGAGAGCUCCAGAAGAAGGAGAGAAGAGUGCAAACAAUCUUCCGCCUACGGUAACAGUGGCUGCAGAAGGAGAAGACCAAGCUGCCUUUGCUGCAGACGAUGGAGCAAAAUCGGACCAGGAAGGAAGUGUCGCGUUGGCUCUCUCGCCAAGGAGUAACGCAUCUCAUGCUUUUUGA